AUGGCCUCGGCAUUAGCUAUCGGCACCGGCGUCGCCGUCGCAGCGUUCCUGGGCCGCGCAGGUCUCGUCGCAUGGCGCCGCUCGCGCGGCGGCGUCGGCGCGCUGGGCAAGGCCUUUUACAAGGGCGGCUUCGAGCCGCGCAUGAACAAGAAGGAGGCGUCGCUGAUCCUGUCGCUCAAUGAGCGCGCCAUCACCAAGGAGAAGAUCCGCAAGGCGCACCGCACGCUGAUGCUGCUCAACCACCCCGACCGAGGCGGCAGCCCGUACCUGGCGACCAAGGUCAACGAAGCGAAGGAGUUCUUGGAGAAACACCCGUGA